AUGGAAAGACGCAGAAUCAGGAGAAAACACGGAAACACACACAUCAGCUUGGUCGACAUCAAGCAGUAUCUCCUCCAUGGCUCCUACCCAAUUGGGUUGACACCGUCCGACAAACGAUCGGUGCGAAAGAGAGCAGAGAGCUUUAGAAUCCAGGAUGGCGAAUUGUAUUACAUCGUCCGCCCCAAACGCGUCGAGGGGGAGCCGGUCGAUUCUAAUCCAGGUGACAAUAAAGCAAAUCUUCGACAAGCAAUUCUUACACAAAAGGCUCAGUUUGCGCUGACUUCUGCUGUCCAUGUGCAGAAUGGAGGAAACCACAUGGGGACAGAACGAACUCUCAGUUCACUAUCUUCCAAAUACUACUGGGUUGGAAUGGCAAAUACAGUGAGGAAGGUUGUAAAAAAUUGUGUUGUCUGCCUGGCAAAUCGCCCAGCAGUGGCAACACUUCCUUCGGCCUCUCAUCCACUAAAUCUGGUCCCACAAGGAGCUGAGAUAGCAACCACUUUACCAGAUCCACAGGAAUUUAUUUCAGAGAAAAACGAUGCAUACGCAGAAUCACAGCUGGCGCCAAAAUCAGAUGUUGUGCCCGCAGAAAUGCAGUAUGUCAUAACGGCAGAAAUAGAAGAGCCUGAAGAGGUGGAUGCUGAUCUUGAUUUUGUGAAAGUGAUUCAGACUGAGAACGGUGGUUUUUUAGACCCAGUCUUUCAUGACAAGUCGGACUUUGAUGCAGCCAGAAAGUUCUGGCAAAAGGUUGAGGUUCUGGUGCUAGGCUCGUUUCCCUGGAAGAAGAAAAAGACAGCCUACGUGAUUAUUGCCAUGGAUUCUUUCACAAAAUGGCCGGAGGUGCAUACAGUCCACAGAGUUAAUGAAAAGACAAUGUCGCAGUUCUGUCUCAAACUGAUUGCCAGGUAUGGUGUUAUGGAACAGCUCAUCUUGCUUGAAAAUGAAGUUUCUGCCGAGGAAACUUCAAACCCUAGUGGGGUCAGUCAGAAUCUGCAGGCCUACUCAGUUGUUGUAUCCAAAGAAAGUUAUAAUAUUGUUGAUGAGAGCUGGAAUCUUCUUGUGAGCAGUAUUAUGAGAUUCAUCAAGUUCUACAAGGAUAAUUGGCUGGAUUGCCUGGAACUUUGUCUUAUACCUUUGAGAAAUUCACUGACCCAGGCCACAGACUUCACGCCAUCUUACUUGCUCAUGGGAAGAGAACCCAACUUCCCAGAAUGCAUCAUUCAGGGAAGAUGUUCAGCAGAGGCAGAAGUGACCUUGAGCCAGGACCAGAUUGAACAGUCUGUUGAUGCCGCUAUGUCCCACUAUUUGCAGUGUUCUGUCCCAGACAUCAAGCAGAUUAUUUUACCCGAGGAUGCUAUGGACAGUGUGUAUGAGAUUGCCGCAGCAACAUCCCCGGUGAGAAAGUCUGGAAGGAAGACAAAGAAGUAUCAUAGACUGGCUGGGUUUGAUAGUUUUGAUGGUAAAGGACAUUCUGAUGAGGCAAAUCUGGAUAAAACUUCAGAAAACACAUCUGAUGAUUACUUUACCACAAAACGAAGAAAACAUGGAGGGUCAAGUUUACAAAGCAGGAAGUCAUUAGAUGCUGUAGCUAUCACAAAACAAGAAGUUAAGGAUGAAUUUGCAGAUAGUUGUGAUCUUCUCAACAAAGGACUAGAACAAGACUGUGAUGUUUUGGAAAGGCUUGAUCUGGACACAUUCUACCAGACAAUAUACCUGUAUAAAACACAAAGUGCUUUCCCAGCCAAUUGUGACCCUGAGUUCAAGGACAGAGUCCAUAAAGCCAGUGAGGAUUUUACACUGGAAAAUGGUCAACUGAUGUACAGGCUGAAGGGAAUGCUUAAGAGAGUUCCAGUGACCUUGCAGGAAAGAUUAACCCUGAUGAAUGAUGCUCACAUUACUAAAGAUGGGCAUAUGACCAGGAUUAAAACAACGGAGUCAUUAGAAUCCCAGGAUGUGUUCUGGAGGGACAUGCAUGUGGAUGUCCAAGCUUUUGUAGCAGCUUGUUCCACCUGUAAACACAGAGAACCACGCAGACGAAGCAGGACAUCUAAAAGGGUGGCCUUGCGUUGGUUUCGAGGGACGGAGGAUGAUGGAGACUCAAAUGAGGAGUUGAAUGGUGAUAUAGGAAAAGUGCCUUAUGAAGAGCUGGUAGACUACCUUCGCAAGGAUAUCAUUCCUGAUGGGUUGAGCAGGUCAGAAUUAUUGAUCUUCAGAAAGAAAGCCAAGAAUUUCAAGCUGAUUAAAGGUUGCCUCUAUUUUUGCCCUGCAAAGAAACAGAAUGUGAAGCCAAGGAAAGUUCUGAAGACAGACAAGGAAAGACAAGAUGCGAUGAAGGAAGCUCAUGGAGAGCAACAUGCCAAUCAUGCAAGUAUGGAGGAAACGCUCAAAAAACAGUUUUUCUGGCAGACUAUGGGAGAUGAUAUUGACCGAUUUCUUGCCGCUUGUUGUCAGUCCAAGCUUCCAGCAGAAGAUAGUGGAGAUGAAGAUGUUGACAAGUAUAAUCCACUUCUGGAAGACAGGAUGAAAGUUUUCCGAGAUUACUUUGCUGGCAAGAAUAUCUGCCCCAAACAAGAAAUGCUGGACAAGCUGUUUCCUAUGAAAGUUGAUGUCAGUGAAGAUGCCACAAAUCCACUGAGAGAUCUUGUGGCAGCUGCCAUGGAGAGUGCCAAGUUGAUCACCACGGGUCUGUCACCCCGAGCUGAUUGCACUCAAGAAAACUUAAACCCGAUGGAAAUCUCAGGCUCCUUAUCAUCUGCAAGCGGAGAAGUCAUCAGUUCAGCAGCCUCGGAGCAAGCUUUGAUCUCACAGUCAGUAGCAGAGUUAAUACCCAUGAAUCAGCAGCCAGAAACAGCAAACAGCCAGAGCAGGCUGGUUCAUUCUAGUCAAGAUGUUGCCUGCAAAAAAGAUGAUAGUGACGAUAAGGAAGAGACUCAUGAGGACAUAGACGAGGAAGAUAUGAUGGAAAGGAUGGAAGAAGAUGACAGAGAUGAGACCUGGGGUCCAUCAGUCACAAAGAACAUAAAAUUAGGAGUCACACAGGUGUCAGAGUCGCCUAAAAAGUCCAGUGUUCGGAGAAGGUGUGAAUAUUGUCAUGAGGUCAUCAGGGGAGACAAUAACUUUAAAGAACACAUGUACAAGCACACCCGAGUAAAGCCAUUCCACUGCAGCACUUGUGAGAAAAAGUUCACCAGUUUCAAAGGACUCAAGAUGCACGCCCGCAAACACACAGGUCAUCGACCAUACUUGUGUAACAUAUGUGGAAGAGGAUUCCCACGUUCGGCAUCUCUCCGAUAUCACAUCAAGACUCAUGACAAAGGUGGAGGAGUGCCGGUCGUCUGUGAUGUCUGCAGUCGAGUCUUUAGCACAGAGAACAGAAUGCAGAAACACAAACGCUUCAAACACCCACUGCAGGCUCCUGUGCACAUGUGUGGUCUGUGUGGGAGAGUCUUCACAGCCAAGCGAAGUCUGAAGCGACAUGAGGAGGCUCAUCGAGGCGUCAGACGCUAUGAGUGCCAAUACUGUAAACGCAGUUUCUUUCGCAAGGAGUAUCUUAACUACCAUCUGUUUUCCCACUCUAAUAUAGAUCCGUCACUGGCCAACUUUAAGAUUAAGGGCAAACUUAGAAAAGCCGGCGGAUUCAAAAAGAGGGAGUAUAAUACAACGGGCUUAUCAAUUGUGUGCCUUGAACCAUCUGGGGUGCCCGGUGCUCAGAAUCAAGAAAUGUACGAGGAGUUGGUAGAGGUCACUGACCCUCGGGACUGGGCAGAGGUCACUCAAGGGCAAAGAACUAUGGUCUAUGAGAUAAACAGCGAUCAGAGG